GCCGUCCUCCUUUCCAGCUGCCCAUUUUCUCUCUCUACCAACUUUCCAAGAAACCUUUUAGAAAUUCAUACUCCUAUAUCAAGACUUCACAUUAGGGAGAAAAUCUUGUGUUAAUACAUUCAUUCAUACAAAGCUCUGUAUAUUUUUAGAAAGAAUGGUUGUAUCAAAGAGCAACAAGACUUCACAUCAAUCUUACAUUACAGUUCCAUCUCAGAUUAUCAAUUCACUUUCUUCUUCCGAUUUUCAAUCUCUCCUUUUAUCUCCCAAGAAAAAGACGACUCCUUCUUCUUCCUUAUCUCUAAAGCUCAGUAAUCCAAGAUUCUGGAUUUUCUUGCUUUUUCUCUUUGGUCUUGUUGGUAUGUGGCUUGGCUUUGAUCCUUCCUUGCCUUUCUCAGAAAACCCAUGUUUCAUUUCUCAAGAAAGGGCCGAAAUAUCUACUAGUAUUAGUGCUUUGAAUGAAAAAGUUAUACUGAAUGUGGGGGAAAAAGAAGGUGAUAAAAAGAGUGAGUUUUGGAAGCAACCUGAUGGGUUGGGUUAUAGGCCUUGUUUGGAUUUUAGUGGAGAUUAUAGAAAGGCAAGCAGAGAGAUUAUGAAGGAGAGGAGUAAGUAUCUGAUGGUGGUUGUUUCUGGGGGAAUGAAUCAGCAGAGAAAUCAGAUAGUUGAUGCUGUUGUUAUUGCAAGAGUUCUCGGGGCUGCUUUGGUUGUUCCUAUUUUCCAAGUCAAUCCUAUUUGGGGUGAUGAAAGUGAGUUCUCUGAUAUUUUUGACAUGGAUCAUUUCAAAAAAGUUUUGGCGAAUGACGUCCGAAUAGUUUCAUCACUUCCAUCUACACACGUGAUGACAAGGCCAGUGGAGGAGAAACGGACUCCUCUCCAUGCUUCCCCUCAAUGGAUACACUCACAUUAUACCAGAAAGCUUAGAAGGGAGGGUGUUCUUCUUUUGCGAGGUCUUGACUCAAGGCUAUCUAAGGAUUUACCAUCCGAUCUUCAAAAACUUCGUUGCAAGGCGGCUUUCCGUGCUUUGAGGUUUAACCCAUCAAUCUUAGAGCUCGGUAACAAACUUACAGAGAGGAUGAGGAGCAAGGGACCAUUUCUCGCUCUGCAUUUGCGAAUGGAGAAGGAUGUGUGGGUGAGGACUGGAUGCCUUCCUGGUUUAAGUCACGAGUAUGAUGAAAUGAUAAACAAUGAGCGGAAGCGCAGACCUGAGCUAUUAACUUCAAGGUCAAAUAUGACUUACCAUGACAGGAAAUUUGCUGGUCUCUGCCCCUUGAAUGCAUUGGAAGUUGCAAGGUUGAUCAAGGCUCUGGGAGCUCCAAAGGGUGCAAGGAUCUAUUGGGCCGGUGGCAUUUCGUUGGGCGGGAAAGAAGCCCUGCAGCCAUUGACCAAGGAAUUUCCCCAUUUCUAUAACAAAGAGGAUCUCGCUUUGCCUGGCGAGCUUGAGCCAUUUUCAAAGAAAGCAUCACUAAUGGCUGCUAUUGACUACAUAGUGUGUGAGAACAGCGACGUUUUCAUGCCAUCUCAUGGUGGAAACAUGGGCCAUGCUAUCCAGGGACACAGGACCUAUGCAGGGCACAAAAAGACUAUCACUCCUAAUAAGAGACAGAUGCUCCCACAUUUUCUUAACUCAUCUCUCAAUGAGGCAGAGUUCAACAGAAUUAUACUGGACCUGCACAAAGAUUCGUUAGGUCAGCCCGAACACAGGAAGACAGGAAGGGAUGUUACAAAGUAUCCCCUCCCAGAGUGCAUGUGCAACAGUACUACUAUCCGUUCUUCCAUGUAACUCCUUUCGUACCGCAUGCAGCUAAUCAGACAUCUUACGAUGAUUUACGAAUGGCGGACAAUGUCAAUCAGGAACUACCUGCUAGCUGCAUCUGAGGGAUUAGCCUCCCUUAAGAUAGUCUUGGAAAUUCCAAAAUCAGGCUUUCCUCCGGUGCAUCACUGUUUUUCGAAUUAAGUUCGAAGGGAUCCGGAGGUAGUAACCUUAGACGUGGGUGCAGAGGUUACUAUGAUUCAAAAGCAACAUCAUCACAGAACUUCAUAUUCCUUCGUUCUUCUUUGUUUGUAUGUCAUAUUCUUUUGAAGUUGGGGAGCUAGGCAAAGAUCAAAGGCGGAUCGAGAAUUUGAAGUUUAUGAGUUACUGCGGUGAACUCGUAGCUAACACAUUGGAUCUGCCAUUGGCAAAGAUGAAUUAUUAGUUUUGGGGUUAUUUAAUUCAAUUCAUUCUUUACACAACUAUGUAAUACCAAUCGAUGUAUAUGAAACAUGUAUACAAAUCAUACAAAUUUUGGAGGUA